ACAGUUGCCCAGAAAAGGCUCGGCAAUUGGGGAUAACGCUAACGCAGAGGGAUAAACCUCAAAAAUGCUAGCAAUGCUCAAGUCCUACAAGCCCUCUUUCCCCCUUUGCUCAUCUCCCACUCUCUACUCAUCCAAAGCUUCAAUUUUGACACACACCCACAAAUUCUUGGCCAAGAAUCUCCCCAAAUCAACGGCCAAGAUUCAAUUUUGCAGCUCACUGAGUGAUGCUGAGCCAAGAUCAAGAAAUGGGCUGGGCCUCAAUGGGGCAGAAAGAAAGGGGGAGAGUGGUGGAGUUAAGAGAGAGUUGUGGCUGUAUAAUACGCUGAGUAAGCAGAAAGAGUUGUUUAGGCCUAAAGUUGAAGGGAAAGUUGGGAUGUAUGUUUGUGGGGUUACUGCUUAUGAUUUUAGCCACAUUGGUCAUGCCCGGGUUUAUGUUUCGGUUGAUGUGCUUUUCAGAUAUCUAAGGUCUUUGGGAUAUGAAGUGAAUUAUGUUCGCAAUUUCACGGAUGUUGAUGAUAAGAUUAUUUCCAGAGCAAAUCAGCUGGGUGAGGAUCCAAUUGGUUUGAGUAGACGUUUCUGUGAAGAGUUUCACCAGGAUAUGGAAGAUCUUCAUUGUCUACCUCCUUCUGUUGAGCCUCGUGUUUCUGAUCACAUUUCACAUAUCAUCGAUAUGAUUAAGCAGAUACUUGAUAAUGGAUGUGCCUACAGAACUGAUGCAGAUGUAUACUUCGCUGUUGACAAAUUUCCUCACUAUGGCCGAUUAUCUGGGAGAAAGAUAGGAGAUAAUAGAGCUGGUGAACGAGUUGCAAUUGACACAAGAAAGAAAAAUCCAGCUGAUUUUGCUUUAUGGAAGUCUGCAAAGGAAGGAGAGCCCUCCUGGGAGAGUCCUUGGGGCCCGGGAAGACCUGGGUGGCAUAUUGAGUGCAGUGCCAUGAGUGCGGCAUAUUUAGGUUAUUCUUUUGACAUACAUGGUGGCGGAAUGGACCUUAUCUUUCCCCACCAUGAAAAUGAGAUUGCUCAGAACUGUGCUGCAUGUGACAAAAGUGACAUCAGUUAUUGGAUACACAAUGGAUUUGUCACAAUAGACUCGGAGAAAAUGUCCAAGUCCCUCGGAAACUUUUUCACAAUUCGGCAGGUUAUAGAUUUGUACCACCCACUUGCUUUGAGGCACUUCUUGAUCGGAACACAUUACAGGUCUCCUAUUAAUUACUCAGACCUUCAGCUCGAGAGUGCGUCUGAGAGAAUCUUUUACAUCUAUCAGACAUUGCAUGACUGUGAAGAUUUUGUAGGCCGGAAUGAUGCAACAGGACUUGACAAUAUUCCACCACAAACGAUAGAUUGCAUCAGCAAUUUUGAAAAUAUACUUUUUACAGCAAUGUCAGAUGACCUUCACACUCCAGAUAUUUUAGCUGCUCUAUCUGACCCACUAAAAACUGCCAAUGAUCUUCUACACACUAAAAAGGGGAAGAAGGCAUCAUUGAGAAGAGAGUCCCUUGGUGCUUUAGAGAAGACAAUGCGGAAUGCUCUGGCAAUAUUAGGGCUCAUGCCAACAGGAUACACAGAAGCUUUACAACAGCUAAAAGAGAAGGCGCUGAAGCGUGCAAAAUUGACCGAAGAAGAGGUUCUUAGUAAAAUCACUGAAAGAGAUACUUCAAGAAAGAACAAGGAAUAUGAAAAAUCAGAUGCAAUCAGGAAAGAGUUAGCUGCUGCCGGGAUUGCUCUCAUGGACAGCCCAGAGGGCACGAAAUGGAGACCAGCUAUUCCUAGCCGAUUGCAAGAACAGCUGGCUGCUGCAACAACUUGAAUGAUGAUAGAGGUAUCAUUGUCAGGUUAUAGUUGAGCAUGACACCACGAAAAGACUCAAAAAACACUGUUGAUCCCGGGAACCAUAUUAGGCAACUAGUUUACAGAAAAUUAAAACGUCAAUCCAGAUUGCACCGAGUUACUGCGUUAUGGAAUGAUGAAAGAUAGGAAGAGAGCUGCAUUAUGGUGGCUAUGUGAUUAUUUAUUCUUGCAAAAGUAUUUUGUUUUCAACCAGAUGUAGUAAUAAUACAUACUACUUCUGGGUUAUAUGUCGAAAAGAGCUUGAAAUCAUGUUUCUACAAUAUCGCAUCUGAGUGUAUUAGAAAAUCGGAGUUAAUAUUCCUUGCAAAAUGUUGUUUAGAAGACAUUGAGAUUCAUGUAAAUGGGGUUGAACUUGGAGAAGUUCUUAAAUUUGGAGUGACACGAGAUCCAUUGAAUCUCUUUUCUUCAA